AUGGCAAAGCACGAUCACGACUCCCAUAUGUUUGAAGACAAGCCUAGCCAAAAGGUUUUUAUGUUUACCCUACUCAUGACUAUUUUCUGCUUUAUUUCAAUCUAUUUCGUAGUCCUUGAAGACCCAAGAUCCCAUCCAGAUCACUACCCGGAAUAUUACUAUGAGUUUUGGCUUGCAGUUUAUUUUCACGUAUGGUCCUUUACCAUGUACAAUUUACUCCUAACUGCAUUUAAAUCCCCAGGAAAAACUACAAAAAACCAAAUAAAUCCUAACGAAUUUUGCAAGAGAUGCAAUAUUGAUAGAAUUGAAAGGAGCCAUCAUUGCACAGCUUGUAAACAAUGCACUUUAAGAAUGGACCAUCACUGUAGAUGGACAAAUACAUGUGUAGGACUAAGGACACACAAGAAUUUCUUGUGGUAUAUAUUUUAUACAGGUUUUGGAGGAUCCACACAUGUAUUUUUGUGCAUUACUUACUUAUUAGGCCCAGGUCCUAGCACACUUUCGAAUAUACUUGUAAAGGGCUUGUUUUAUAUGCAUGCUGCUAUUGUGGGAUUUUUUAGCUAUUUUUGUCUGACUUUGCUGGUGUUUCAAGUUAAACUUAUUUCUAGCAAUAUUUCAAGUCUUGAAUAUUUUAAAGAAAUGGGAGUUAAUUUUGGGUUUAUUUUAUGCAAAGUAUACCCUAUGGUAAAAUAAAUGUAGGAAUCAAGAUAUGAUCAAGGGAUUAUACCGAAUUUUUUACAAGUUAUAGGAGAUGAUGUACUGUUUUGGCUAUUUCCGACUGAGGCAAGAAAUUAUAAAUUUGAAACGGGGUAUCCGAAACCUCCAGAUGUUUCAAGUGAAGAUAUUUUAGCACAUGGGGAGUUUUUAUUUGAAGAUUAA